CACUGCCACUGCCACUGCCACUGCCACACAUGGCUGGAUCAAAUGCGCCCAAAAUGCGGUCGCUGGGCCAUGUGCUGGUGACGGGCGGCGCAGGCUUUCUCGGCAACCACAUUGUCAAGAUGUUGGCGGAGCGCAAUGCCUGCGACCGCAUCACAGUCCUCGAUCUCAGACCGCCCACGGCACCCAUCGCCUCCGUCGAUUACCAGCAGGGCGACCUGACCGACUACGAGCAAAUGCGCCCCUUAUUCGACGCGGGUCACUUCGACGCCGUCAUCCACACAGCCAGUCCUGUCAUGACUGCCAGCAAGAACCGCGAGGUCAUGCGCAAGGUCAAUGUGGAGGGCACCAGAGUCCUGCUGCGAGCCGCCCAAGAGACGGGCGUGCGUGCUUUUGUCUACACCAGCUCCGCCUCUGUCAUUCACGACACGCAGAGCGACCUGGUCUAUGCCGACGAGACUUAUCCAUUGAUCAUGGGCAAGCAGCAGCCCGAAUACUACACCACGACCAAGGCCGAGGCGGAGCUGCUCGUCCUGGCUGCGAACCGCUCUCCGCAGUAUCCCCAUUUGCUCACCGCUGCGAUGCGUCCUUCGGGCAUUUUCGGCGAGGGCGACGUGCAGGUCCUCCCGCCUGGCCUGAGCGCCUACUACAAGGGCCAGACGAAAGUCCAGAUCGGCUCAAACGAAAAUCUCUUCGACUUCACUGAAGUCACCAACGUUGCGCAUGCCCACCACCUCGCCACUGCCGCUCUCCUUGCUACUGCCGAUCGAGACGCCCAGGGACUCGCUCCUCCCCUGGAUCACGAGAGAGUCGACGGCGAAGCCUUCUUCAUCACCAACGAUGCUCCAGUGUACUUUUUCGAUUUUGCACGCAUGUGCUGGGCAGCCGCUGGGGACACGACUCGACCCGAACAGGUGUGGAUCCUGUCCAAAGACGUCGGCUUGUUUCUGGCCACAUUAAUGGAAUGGAUCUUCUUUCUGUUCCGGCUGGGGAAACCCAACUUGACGAGGCAGCAAGUGCGGUACACGUGCAUGACGAGGUACUACAACAUCGAGAAAGCCAAGAAACGGCUCGGAUAUGCUCCGCUCGUGGGUCUGCAGGAGGGGAUCAGGCGAGGGGUGGCAGAUGCGUUGUACCGAGGCGUCGUCGUGGGCCAGCCGCAGGAACUCAAAGGCAAGAAGCUACAAUGACGUGUAGCCACGCCUCAAAUCGGAUCACCAUCACCAUAUCUCCCCGUUUGCACCAGAUACACCAAAUGGCACUAAUAUGAAUGAACCUGUGGGCAUGACAGUCACACACGCAGGGGUUUUGUUCGGUUCACUUCAGACUUGUUUUGGGGAGAACGUCAUUCGUACAUUACAUUUCCUCUCACACCUCAUGUCUAUCGUAAAUUCCUACAGGGUCCUACUGGAUUGUUACCACAUUUUUCUUCGCCUCUCUAAUUGCGCCGAGAUGAACGGUACCCCUUAGCAGGACCAACACCAUUCUCGACAAAGAAGUCGAGAAUCGUCUUGUACGUUUGCGGAGCGGAAUACUCUAGGUUGAGGCCGUGACCGGCGCGGGGAAUGAUGGACACCUUGAAGGGGCUCGCGUUCUUGAACAUGGCUUUGGAUGUCUAAAUAUCAUCAAGACGGGUGAGCAAAUGCACAAUGUGAAAAGAAAAAGGUUUUUUCGUUUCAACAACUUCAGAGAGUCGGAAUGGAAAAAACAUACCUCAGGGAUGCUAGAGAAGCCGGUGGGAGCUGCAAGGCAAUUUCCACCACAGAAGGGCACGUCACGUUCGCCAGUGAUGAUGUGGACUGGUGCCUUGAUCUAGAAGGGUCAACCAAAGUCAGCAAUUCGGUUCCCUAAGGUAGAACUCGGGAAAUUUCGUUGUCUUACCAUGUUUGGAGCGGCAGCAGCACCUCCAAUGGUGAGCAGCUCACCCAUCGUCACAGGCUGGCCGGUAGCGUAUGCGAAUGGAAGAAUGGCCGGGUCGAACUCGUGGGGAGAGAAGAAGUUGAUGUGCACGCCUUGCUCCGAAGCAGGAGCGAGAUAACCGCGAGGCAGAGUUGCAAACUGCGGGUAGACUUGGGCUCCGCGGAAGUUGCCUCCGAGCAAGAAUUGCGAGAGGAAAGAGCCAUUUUGAGCGAAGCCGGUCAGACCCAGACCAUCGGAAAUGCUGGGGUAUUGCGCACUGAGCACGUAAGAUUGCACCGAACCGAACGAGUGGCCGACAUGAAGCACUUUGGCGAACUUGGCUGCGCCGGGAAUCGUGCCCGCUCGCAACUUGUCCGUGAGGGCCUUGAGGGCUGCGACUUCGAGGAGCACUUGGAUCUCGUUGACGGCGUCUCCCUUGGACGACAUGCCGAUGCCCAGACGGUCGUGGCUCAGAGUGGCAUAGCCGUAGUGGUCCACGGCUUGGUUGACGUAGCUGUAGUUGUAGUUGUUGUAUCUGGAAAAAAAGUAGCUGUCAAACGUGUCAGUAUAUGGCUCCGUUGAUCACACUCUGUCUCGGAUAUAUAGGUAUGUAUAUAUAUGCAUACCUGCGGUCAAAGCCAAUGCCGUGGGUGAGAACCUGGACCACAUUGGGAGCUCCGUUGUCUGGGGCGCAG